AUGUUAUCAAAUCGAAUCGGUAACUCUAAGCCUGAGAAGUUAGAGCACGCCAAUGCGUACCAAUCCCUAUCCUGGACCGUGUAUAGGAGAUUUUCUGAGUUCGACUCCCUGAUGAUGGAAUUGACUGGAUGCGGACAUGCAUUUCUCCCACCGUUACCUCCCAAGACACUCGUUCGCGCACCAAUGGCUACCUCGGACACCAUCAGGACGAGGACUCACGCAUUGCACAUACUACUUCGGCGACUCAUACAGCGUCCGGACACGCGCUCGAGCCCCCCAUUUCUAAGAUGCCCAUUCAGGUUUGCUGUUACUGGAAUGCAAGUCAAUGCUACGCAGACUAUCGUCAUUGCUUCCCAUGAGGAUUCAACCGCGAUGGCCCGGCUCGGUCGAGUCUGGUCAGUGGUGGAAGCAGAUGAGCUCGGAUCGAUCAACGUCUACCAUCGAGUGAAGUCUGUUGGCGGGCCCCCACCGUACGAGGGGAGAGGCAGGUGA